AUGCUGGGCACUCGGGUUACUAGAGCGGUCUAUACCCGUGCGCCUCUCAAAUUACAACUGAGGGCGCUGGGCUUACAUCGAAGGUAUGUGCAUAAUGGCAGCAAGAAUGAUGAGGGGAGCUCUACAAGCACGACUACAAAUAAAGAAGAGAACGAUAAAAAACUGCCAGAUGUCUAUCCACAAAUGCUAGCCCUACCUAUAUCGAGAAGGCCCUUGUUUCCCGGUUUUUAUAAAGCUGUAGUGAUUUCAGAGCCAAGAGUAAUGAAGGCAAUCACUGAUAUGGUUGAGAGACAGCAACCAUACAUUGGUGCGUUUAUGCUUAAGGAUAGUAAUAAUGACACAGACAUUAUACACGAUAUAAGUGAGGUGCAUGAAUUGGGUGUGCUAGCUCAAGUUACCUCAGCAUUUCCCAGCAAGGAUGAGAAAACUGGUAAGGAAACCAUGACCGCAUUACUAUAUCCUCAUAAGCGUAUAAAGAUUGAUCAGUUAAUCCCACCAAAAGAUGUGAAAAUAGAAGAUAUUGUAGUCGAAAAAGUAGUGGAUAAUGAAGUAGCAUCUGAAGAGACAAAGGACGAAGAAACAGUUGAUAAAACUGAAUCAGCGACUGAUAAAGUAAGUGAAGAAAUUACUGAAGAGAUUGCUAAAGCACCUUCUACAGAAGUAACAGAAGAUCCAGAUAAUUAUGAGAAUCCGACGGAUUUCUUGAAAGAUUAUAAUGUCACUUUAGUGAAUGUUUCUAAUCUGGAAGAUGAACCAUUUGAUAUCAAAUCACCAAUCAUUAAUGCAUUAACAUCAGAAAUCCUUAAAGUAUUCAAGGAAAUUUCACAACUGAACUCCAUGUUCAGAGAGCAAAUUGCGACUUUCUCUGCAUCUAUUCAAUCUGCAACCACUAAUAUAUUUGAGGAGCCUGCUAAAUUGGCAGAUUUUGCAGCGGCUGUAUCUGCGGGUGAAGAAGAAGAAUUACAAGAGGUCCUGGAGUCUUUGAAUAUAGAGCAAAGAUUGGAAAAAUCUUUGUUGGUACUUAAGAAGGAAUUGAUGAAUGCUGAACUUCAAAACAAAAUAUCGAAAGAUGUAGAGACAAAAAUACAAAAGAGACAGAAAGAAUAUUACUUGAUGGAACAGUUAAAAGGUAUUAAGAGAGAACUUGGAAUUGAUGAUGGCCGUGAUAAACUUGUUGAUACUUAUAAAAAAAGAGUAGAAAAGCUAAAUCUUCCAGAAAAUGUUCAGAAAACUUUUGAUGAGGAAAUAACAAAACUAGCAACCCUAGAAACAUCUAUGUCCGAAUUUGGUGUUAUCAGAAACUAUUUAGAUUGGCUUACAUCGCUUCCAUGGGGAAUUAACUCCAAAGAACAAUACUCUAUUCCAAGAGCUCGUAAGAUCUUAGAUGAAGAUCAUUAUGGUAUGAAAGAUGUUAAGGACCGUAUUCUAGAAUUUAUUGCCGUAGGAAAGCUUCUUGGAAAAGUUGAUGGUAAAAUCAUAUGUUUUGUGGGUCCACCGGGUGUGGGUAAAACGUCCAUCGGUAAAUCGAUCUCAAGAGCUUUGAACCGUCAAUUCUUCAGAUUUUCUGUCGGUGGUAUGACUGAUGUUGCUGAAAUCAAAGGUCAUAGAAGAACGUACAUUGGUGCUCUACCAGGUAGAAUUAUUCAAGCACUGAAGAAAUGUCAAACUCAAAAUCCUUUGAUUUUAAUUGAUGAGAUAGACAAAAUUGGUCAUGGUGGUAUUCAUGGUGAUCCUUCUGCUGCACUUCUCGAAGUUCUUGAUCCUGAACAAAACAACAGUUUCUUGGAUAAUUACUUAGACAUCCCAAUUGACUUAUCUAAGGUUUUGUUUGUUUGUACCGCUAACUCUUUAGAUACUAUACCAAGACCAUUACUUGAUCGUAUGGAGGUUAUUGAACUUACUGGUUAUGUGGCCGAAGAUAAAAUUAAAAUUGCCGAGCAGUAUUUAGUUCCAAGCGCUAAAAAAACUGCAGGUUUGCAAAAUGCUACUGUAUCCAUGGAUGAAGAAGCAAUCAAUGCGCUAAUGAAAUAUUAUUGUAGAGAGAGUGGUGUUAGAAACUUAAAAAAGCAUAUUGAGAAAAUCUAUCGUAAGGCAGCUUUAGAAGUUGUUAAAAAGAUGAGCAUCGAGGAUACAGAACCUCUAGUCUCAACUUCUGAGGAACCACAAUUAUCUCAAACAAAUCAAAAUAUAUCGUCAAGUUCUGCUGAGGAUUCUACUACGGAUCUUGAAGAUAGUGUCAAUCCAGAUACUGCCAAGGAAGCAUCAAAGCCCAAUAAUUCGCAAGAAGGUGCAUCAGUAGAAGAAACCAAGAAGGCUGUGAAAACAGAAGAGGAAGAAGACACUUCUAUGAUUGUUCCAGAAGAUAUUAAAGUUGAAAUUACUCCAGAAGAUUUGAAAAAGUAUGUUGGGCCACCAAUCUACACUACUGACAGAUUAUAUGAAACUACUCCUCCUGGUGUGAUCAUGGGAUUGGCUUGGACUAAUAUGGGAGGCUGUUCCCUAUAUGUUGAAUCUGUACUGGAACAGCCAUUACACAACUGUAAACAUGCGAAUUUAGAGAGAACAGGUCAGCUUGGUGAUGUCAUGAAAGAGUCAUCGCGUCUAGCCUACUCUUUCUCAAAGAUGUACCUGUCAAAGAAGUUCCCUGAAAAUAGAUUCUUUGAAAAGGCAGCUAUUCACUUGCACUGUCCUGAAGGUGCAACACCAAAGGACGGUCCAUCUGCUGGUGUCACAAUGGCAACUUCAUUCCUAUCACUUGCAUUAAACAAGCCUGUUGAUCCAACUGUAGCAAUGACUGGUGAAUUAACAUUAACCGGAAAAGUAUUGCGUAUUGGUGGUUUAAGAGAAAAGGUUGUGGCUGCUAAGAGAUCUGGUGCCAAGACUGUAAUUUUCCCUAAGGAUAACUUAAACGACUGGGAAGAGCUUCCAGAGAAUGUGAAAGAAGGCAUGGAGCCACUGGCUGCUGAUUGGUAUGAUGACAUUUACAAAAGACUGUUUUCUGGUGUCAAGAAAUCAGAAGGUAAUAACGUCUGGAAAUCAGAAUUUGAGCUAAUCGAUAAGAAGAAGAAAGAAAACGAUUAG